AUGCUCUUCCUCUACGAGCAAGGCCGGGAAGACCCAGGGUGUGGGACAGAGCUCGCAUUCAACGUCAACUUCACCUUCUCCCUCUCGCCCAAGCCUGGCAAAGCCGGCGCAAACGGCUUUGCGUUUGUCAUCUCUGCAAAAAACCGUCCGGGGAACAGCAGCAGCGGUGGUGUGGGGUACGGAGGCAUGGAGAGUCGAAGCAUGGCGAUAGAGUUUGACACGUUUCAGGACCCCAAGAACGGGGACCCAGACUAUCAGCACAUAGGGCUGAACGUGCAAGGUAGGGACGUGUCAUUUGCGACAGCCAAGGCGCCAUUUGUGCUGAACGACAGGAAGGAGUACACAGCAUGGGUGGACUAUGUCCCGGGGGAUCCCGGCACCAUUCAGGUGUUUCUGGCGAACUCCACAGCCAAGCCGGGAGCGGCGGUGCUGGAGCGGCGGUUCUCGCUGUGCGAGGUGCUGCAGCCGGGGCCACCGCAGGUGGAGCAGGGCGAGGAGGCGCAGGUGCAGGCGUACUACGUGGGGUUUGUGGCGUCCACCACUGUGGCGCCGUUCCAGAAGCACGUGGUGCUGGACUCCUGGGUGCAUGCUGGUGAGGCUGCUGGUGGUGGUGGUGGUGGCAGUAGGGGCAUCUCCCUUUCCGUCUCCCUCGUCACCACCACAAGCAUACGGGCUGAACGCGUCGGUGGAGACGUAUGCACCGCAGCAGGCGAGUCCGUUCCACUCAAUCCCACACACGCCUCUCCAUCCCACACACGCCUCUCCAUCCCACACACGCCUCUCCAUCCCACACACCCCUCUCCAUCCCACACACGCCUCCCCACGCCCUCACUCGCAGCAUACGGGUUGAACGUGUCGGUAGAGACGUAUGCACCGCAGCAGGCGAGCCCGUUUCCGCGCUACGUGAGUGCAGACUACCGCGUGGCGGCGGACAAGAAGGACUCGUGGCGCUUCAGCGACUACCACUCCUGGGACUCCGUGCCCUUCCUCGGCUGGCCCGUCAAGGACCAGACCACCUGCAGUGAGUCCCACCUCCAUCAACGAACCCCCUGCCCUGCAGAUGCGUGUUGGGCAUACGCAGUGGUGGCGAGCAUAGAAGCAGCGUACGGCAUAGCAACAAGGCAGGAAGCUCCACGCCUCUCAGUGGACUCGCUCUUCACACUCAUGGGUCUCACCACCGCGGCUGACAGGUGCUCUGCGGGGGGCUCGCCCACAGAGGCCUUUGAGAAGCUGCGCGCUCUGCCUAAGGACGGGCUUGUGCUAGCAGGGACGGGCGGCUCGCAGACGAACAAAGAUACGACCUUCAAGUACCAGGACCCACAGUGCUACUCGGCCAACUUGAACCACGUGGUACUCGUUGUGGGCUACUUCAUUUUCCGCGACGACGGCAGCCAGAACCGCAUAGCGCCGCCCUUCUGGAUCGUGCGCAACUCGUGGGGAGUGGAGUGGGGCGACCGGGGCCACAUGCGCAUGGACAUCCAGGGAGGGGACGGCGUGUGUGGCAUCAAUGUGCUACCUGGCAUCGUGCCCAUUGUCAAGAUUCCCAAGGACCCGUGUGGGCUGAGGAGCUACAAGGGUGAUGGGGACGUGCAGCCGGCGAUGAACCCGUGUGGGCGCUUCACGUGCCGCCCCAUCCCCAAGAACGACUCCAACUCCUGUGACUGCUUCAUCCCGGAGGAGCCCAAGCAGCCCUUCGCUGAGGUCGCCAAUGGAUACGGCGCCAACACCUGUGCCUACGGUGAGGCUGUUGGCUCCAACACCUGUGCCUGUGCUGUGGUUACGUGGACGUCUGUGGGUCAUACUUCAAGAGCCCCUGCUCUCAACUCUGUAACGUCCUUAGCUAAAUCCUCUGACCAUCUUUGCCCAACCCCAUGCUGCAACCCGCCAGUGGACGUGUGUGGGUCGUACUUCAAGAACCCAUGUGCGGUGGGCACAUGCAUCAACGAUGGCAAGGGCGCCUACUCCUGCAUCUGCCCUCCCACCUACAUCUCCAGCCGCACCAUCCUCAACUUCCCCACCUGCGACCCAGUAAAUGUCACGGCCACAGCAAUGGCAGUGAGCGGGGUCAACUGGCGCUGCUCAGAUGUCUAUCCCAUUGUGGGGAUAUCAUACAAUCAGUUCAGGCAGCAAAACCCGCAAGUGGACUGCACUAAGCCGUUGGCGAUAAGCACAACGCUGUCCGUGGGUGGGAGUCCUGAAAUCCCCUGCACUUCCUAUUUCUACGCCCUCCAAGGGGACACGUGUCGUUCCAUGGCAUAUCAGCUCAUAAUGGCCCGCAGCAAGCUCAUAGAGCUCAACCCCGGUCUGGACUGCGCCGUCCCUAUCAAGCCCGGCCGCUCCGUGUGCAUCGAACGCAGUGCUGCAUACGCGUACACCGUUCCGUUGUGUCUCAAGUACGGGGUCAUGCUGGCGCAGGACUCAUGCGAGCGCAUGCUGCAAGGGCUGGCGGGAGAUGUGAAUGCGACUACGUGGGCCAUGCUGUAUCGCACGAACCCCGGGCUGGUGUGCUCGCAGGUCAUCCCGACUUCCAUCGCGGCUGUUGGCAGCAACAUUGGUGUGCAGGUGAUGUGUGCUUAA